AUGUCCGGCCAGAGCUCUCAUUCAAAGAUCCUACAUUCUUCAGACGGCUGUGAAAUCUUUGCCGAGGCUACAGGAGAUCCGAAAUCUCUCCACGUCGUGCUCAUACAUGGCAUCACUCUCAGCGGUGCGGUCUUUGACGACUUUUGUCGUCAGCCGGAACUUCUGAAAGAGCUGUAUAUCGUCCGAUAUGACUUGCGCGGUCAUGGUCGCAGUGGCGGACCGGAAGCUUUAGAAGCCCACCAGUCCAAGCUAUAUGCAGACGAUUUCAUGGCAGUUGUACGUGGAUUUCGAUUGAACAAGCCUGUAUUGGUAGGAUGGAGCGUAGGAGGGACAAUCGCUGUUGACCUCUGUGCGAACGUGGACCCUCUCCCCAUCUCUGGCGUCUUCUAUCUAUCCUCGGUUCUGAGCAUUCCAGCGGCCUUCAGCGGUGCCGGAACCCCAUUUCUCAUAUCUCAGCUCAGAGCCUGCAGUGACCCUGCCACGACCACUGCUGGCCUCCUUGGUCUUGUAGCAGGAUGUUUCGAUGCUCCAAGUACGCGCCCUCCGUCCUAUCACCUGCGCUGCUUGGUAGCAGGUAUGCAGAUGAUGCAAUCAGCCGCAGUCAGAGCGUCGAUCUUGCAGAGGACACAGGACACUGAGAAGUUCUGGAAGAGGCUCGAGCAGGGUCUGCCGGUCUUUGUGUAUCAUGGAUCUCAUGACGCGUUGACAGACGCAGGUGCUCUCGUGCGGGACGUCAUGAGCAGAGCAAGCAACGUCAGAGUGAGGAUUGUUGAGGAGGCAGGUCAUGUAUUAUUUUACGAGGAUCCGCAGGAGACGGCACGGGUCAUAUUGGACUUUGUUAAGUCGGUGCAGCGUCAGACUCAUGAACUCGUGAAGUAGGAGAUCUCAUUUCAUUGUGUUGUGCUCCACGCCCCGCUUUGCUGUCUUUGUGCACAUCCAAAUUACCGACAAUACAUUUUGUGCUUCUCGAGCUGAU